AUGACUGCAUUCAACAACCUUCGCAUGACCGGUGGCCAGAAGGGUUCCAAGCCCAAGUUCAUCAUCUUCAAGAUCUCCGACGACAAGAAGCAGGUUGUUGUCGACGAGGCCUCUGACGACCCCGACUACGAGGUUUUCCUCAGCAAGCUUGAGGCUGCCAAGGACGCCAACGGCAAGCCUGCUCCCCGCUACGCUGUCUACGAUGUCGAGUACGACCUAGGUGGUGGUGAGGGUACAAGGAGCAAGAUCAUCUUCAUCUCUUGGGUGCCUUCCGGUACCUCCAUCAACUGGUCCAUGAUCUACGCCAGUACCCGGGAGGUUCUUAAGAACGCUCUUAACGUUGUCACAUCCAUCCACGCCGACGACAAGGGCGACAUCGCCUGGAAGUCUAUCCUUGCUGAGGUCAGCGGUGGGAAGGCCAAAUAG